UGGGGCUGGCAUCUUCUCCUGGAACUGUUUCCAGUGGACCUGGGCCCGACUGGAGCCCCAGCUGGCAUUCCUGAGAACUUCUCCCUGACAGGCAAUGCUCCAGUAGACCCCAAUGGCGUUUCUUCCUGGCCUAGAAAUGCUUGUCCCCAAGAAGAAGAGAGCCAUGGCCAGCCUCGGAGGGAACGCUGUGGCCUGCCUGCUCUGGAUGCUGCUGCUGUGGGCUGGGGACGGCGGCUGCCAGGCCCAGCGGGCAGGUUGCAAAACCGUCCACUACGAUCUGGUCUUCCUCUUGGACACCUCCUCCAGCGUGGGCAAGGACGACUUUGAGAAGGUGCGGCAGUGGGUGGCCAACCUGGUGGACACCUUCGAGGUGGGCCCCGAUCGCACCCGCGUGGGGGUUGUGCGCUACAGCGACCGGCCCACCACGGCCUUCGAGCUGGGCCGCUUUGGCUCCCGCGAGGAGGUCAAGGCGGCCGCGCGGCGCAUCGUGUACCACGGCGGCAACACCAACACGGGCGACGCACUGCGCUACAUCACCGGCCGCAGCUUCUCCGCGCGGGCCGGCGGCCGCCCCGGGGACCGUGCCUUCAAGCAGGUGGCCAUCCUCCUGACCGACGGCCGCAGCCAGGACCUGGUGCUGGACGCGGCGGCGGCCGCCCACCGCGCCGGCAUCCGCCUCUUCGCCGUGGGCGUGGGCGAGGCGCUGAAGGAGGAGCUGGACGAGAUCGCCUCGGAGCCCAAGUCCGCCCACGUCUUCCACGUGUCCGACUUCAACGCCAUCGACAAGAUCCGCGGCAAGCUGAGACGCCGCCUGUGUGAAAACGUGCUGUGCCCCAGUGUCCGUGUGGAAGGAGAUCGUUUUAGGCACACCAACGGAAAAACCAAGGAAAUCACAGGUUUUGACCUGAUGGAUUUGUUCAGUGUGAAGGAAAUCUUGGGAAAGAGAGAGAACGGAGUGCAGAGUUCCUAUGUACGGAUGGGAUCCUUCCCCGUGGUGCAAAGGACCGAGGACGUGUUCCCCCAAGGUUUGCCUGAUGAAUACGCUUUUGUCACAACCUUCCGGUUCAGGAGAAUGUCUCGGAAGGAGGACUGGUAUAUCUGGCAGGUCAUCGACCAGUACGGCAUCCCACAGGUCUCCAUCCGGCUGGAUGGCGAGAACAAGGCAGUCGAGUACAACUCUGUGGGCGCCAUGAAGGAUGCCGUUAGGGUGGUCUUCCGGGGUCCCAGGGUCGAUGACCUCUUUGACCGGGACUGGCACAAGAUCGCCCUGAGCAUCCAGGCCCAGAACGUGUCCCUGUACAUCGACUGUGCACUGGUGCAGACGCUGCCCAUUGAGGAGCGGGAGAACAUCGACAUCCAGGGCAAGACUGUGAUCGGCAAGCGCCUCUACGACAGCGUGCCCAUCGACUUCGACCUGCAGCGGAUUGUGAUCUACUGCGACUCGAGACACGCGGAACUGGAGACUUGUUGCGAUAUCCCCUCGGGUCCGUGCCAGGUGACUGUGGUGACAGAACCUCCGCCUCUGCCCCAGCAGCCUCCCACCCCAGGCAGUGAACAGCUUGGGUUUUUGAAGACCAUCAACUGCUCCUGUUCAGCUGGAGAAAAGGGUGAAAAGGGCUUUGAUGGCCCCAUGGGACUUCCUGGUCCAAAGGGAGACACAGGAGCCAUUGGGCCUGUUGGCGCUCCUGGACCCAAGGGAGAGAAAGGUGACGUGGGCAGAGGACCUUUUGUCCAAGGAGAAAAGGGGGAAAAGGGUUCCCUGGGCCUGCCCGGCCCCCCUGGGAGAGACGGCAGCAAAGGCAUGAGAGGAGAGCCGGGAGAGCUGGGGCUGCCUGGUGAAGUGGGCAUGCGGGGGCCCCAAGGACCACCUGGAUUGCCUGGACCUCCUGGACACGUUGGAGCUCCCGGUCUCCAAGGAGAACGAGGUGAAAAGGGGACUCGAGGAGAAAAGGGGGAGCGAGGCCUGGAUGGAUUCCCUGGGAAGCCUGGGGAGACAGGAGAGCAGGGAAGGCCUGGCCCUCCUGGCGUGGCAGGGCCCCAGGGAGAGAAGGGUGACGUGGGGCCUGCAGGACCUCCUGGAGUACCGGGCUCUGUGGUGCAGAGAGAAGGCCUGAAGGGAGAGCAGGGAGCUCCGGGACUGAGAGGUCACCAGGGCCCACCUGGUCCACCAGGAGCUCCGGGUCUAAUGGGCCCAGAAGGCAGAGAUGGACCUCCUGGUUUACAAGGUCUCCGAGGGAAGAAGGGUGACACGGGACCGCCUGGAAUCCCUGGAUUGCUGGGACCGCAGGGCCCCCCAGGACCACCUGGUGUCCCAGGCCCCCCCGGACCUGGAGGCCCUCCGGGUUUACCUGGAGAGAUCGGCUUCCCAGGCAAACCUGGGCCUCCCGGGCACGCGGGACCACCUGGAAAGGAUGGGCUGAAUGGACCACCAGGCCUGCCAGGAUCCAAGGGAGAGCCGGGAGAAAGAGGGGAGGACGGUCUGCCUGGAAAACCUGGCCUCAGGGGUGAAGUCGGGGAGCAGGGCCUGGCAGGCCGACCUGGAGAGAAGGGAGAAGUGGGCCUCCCUGGUCCUCCGGGCUUCCCGGGUGUGCGGGGAGAGAAAGGAAACCCUGGAGAAAAAGGUGAACUGGGACUUCCAGGACUGAAAGGUGACCGAGGUGAAAAGGGUGAAGCCGGCCCUGCAGGUCCCCCUGGGUUACCUGGAACUACACCCCUGUUCACACCACACCCAAGAAUGCCAGGAGAACAAGGGCCAAGAGGAGAGAAGGGCGACCCGGGUGUGCCUGGAGAACCGGGACCACCGGGCCAUCCUGGAGAAUCAGGGCCUCGGGGACCCACGGGACCACCGGGUGCCAAGGGACAGGAAGGCGUGCACGGGGCUCCCGGAGCAGCUGGAAACCCUGGUGCUCCUGGACUUGUCGGUCCCCCUGGCCCGAGUGGCCCCCCAGGAAGUGUGGGCCCCCCUGGCCUCAGAGGACCCCCUGGGAAAGAUGGGGAGCGUGGUGAGAAGGGAGCAGCGGGUGAAGAAGGGCGCCCCGGGCCAGCUGGCCCCAGGGGAGAUCCUGGGGCUCCAGGGCUCCCUGGGCCACCUGGAAAAGGGAAGGACGGAGAGCCGGGACUACGUGGAUCACCUGGACUGCCUGGACCCCUUGGAACCAAGGGGGACCGCGGUGUACCUGGGAUCCCUGGUUCUCCUGGCAGCCAUGGUGACCCCGGCAUUGGGAUUGCAGGCCCUCCCGGCCCUUCCGGACCACCAGGAGAAAAAGGUCCCCCGGGCUCACGAGGCUCACCUGGAUUCCCUGGCCCCCAGGGACCAGCUGGCCAGGAUGGGGCACCAGGAAACCCAGGAGAAAGAGGGCCUCCUGGCAAACCAGGCCUCUCUUCACUACUGUCUCCAGAGGACAUAAAUCUCUUGGUUAAGGAUGUGUGCAAUGACUGCCCUCCUGGACCCCCAGGCCUCCCAGGUCUGCCGGGUUUUAAAGGGGACAAAGGUCUCCCAGGAAAGCAAGGGAGAGAAGGCACGGAAGGGAAAAAGGGAGAUGCUGGGCCCCCGGGCCUCCCCGGCCCCCCAGGAAUAGUUGGACCACAGGGAAGUAAAGGAGAACCUGGUACAGAUGGUGAGGUUGGACAGAAAGGUGAUCAGGGUCAUCCUGGAGUUCCAGGUUUCAUGGGGCCCCCCGGAAACCCUGGACCACCGGGUGCAGAUGGAAUUGCGGGAGCUGCUGGACCACCAGGAAUCCAAGGGCUACCUGGAAAAGAAGGUCCUCCUGGUCCUGAAGGCCCCUCUGGAAUUCCUGGAAUCCCAGGAGAAGAAGGCAAAGAGGGCAGAGAUGGAAAACCAGGUCCCCCUGGAGAGCCGGGCAAAGCAGGAGAGCCGGGUCUACCAGGACCAGAGGGUGCCCGAGGCCCACCUGGCUUCAAGGGACACACAGGUGAUGCUGGCACACCUGGUCCCCGGGGAGAGCCUGGUGCCAUGGGGCCCCCUGGCCGGGAAGGGUCACCAGGAAAAGAUGGUGAUACUGGACCCACAGGGCCACAGGGUCCCCAAGGACUAAGGGGCCCACCGGGUAAGAACGGCUCGCCGGGAUCUCCAGGAGACCCUGGCCCCCCAGGGAACCCCGGCCAGAAAGGAAGCAAAGGAGAAAAUGGCAGCCCAGGACUUCCUGGCUUCCUGGGUCCCCGUGGGCCUCCGGGAGAACCAGGAGAGAAGGGCGUCCCUGGAAAGGAGGGGGCCCCUGGUAAGCCUGGAGAGCCUGGAUCCAAAGGAGAACAGGGAGAUCCUGGCAUCAAAGGUGACAAAGGACCUCCAGGUGGAAAGGGCCAGCCCGGGGACCCUGGAAUCCCAGGCCACAAAGGCCACACAGGCCUGAUGGGCCCCCAAGGACCACCUGGGGAGAACGGACCAGCUGGGCCCCGGGGGCCUCCAGGGCAGCCAGGAUUUCCAGGACUGAGGGGCGAGUCUCCAUCCAUGGAAACCCUGCGGCGGCUUAUUCAAGAAGAGCUUGGGAAGCAGCUGGAAACCAAACUCGCGUACCUCCUGGCCCAGAUGCCCCCGGCACACAUGAAGUCAUCUCAAGGCAGGCCUGGGCCCCCAGGUCCCCCUGGAAAAGACGGACUUCCCGGCCGGGCGGGCCCCGUGGGGGAGCCAGGCCGACCUGGGCAAGGGGGUCUGGAAGGACCCUCUGGACCUAUAGGUCCCAAAGGUGAACGAGGAGUCAAAGGUGACCCAGGUGCACCUGGAGUUGGCCUUCGAGGCGAGAUAGGACCCCCUGGAAUCCCAGGCCAACCCGGGGAACCUGGUUAUGCUAAAGAUGGACUCCCUGGGACCCCUGGCCCUCAAGGGGAGACAGGACCAGCUGGACAUCCUGGCCCCCCAGGCCCACCUGGCCCCCCUGGCCAGUGCGACCCAUCCCAGUGUGCCUACUUUGCCAGCCUCGCUGCCCGGCCGGGCAAUGUGAAGGGCCCCUAGAAGAUUCCAGAAAGCCAGACUGCGGUGGAUUGCUGAAACUUGAACUCAGAGCCCGAUGGGAAGCCAGAGGUCUUGAAACAUUUCAGCCAUGUGUCUCUUUUGCUUUUUUUCUUUUUGUUUUUCUUUUAUUUUCUCAAGAGACCUCAAAAUUAUUAAAUCCAACAGAUGCUGCCGGUCGGUCGGAUUAUUAUUAAUAUUAUUAUCGUUAAUUAUUAUUAUUUCAUAUGCCGAUGCUUUGUGCGUUGUUUCCUGUUCCUCUAAAGUUGGGAAAACUUGAUUUGUGGAGCAGGUGAUUGUUUCCUCCUUCUUCUGUCAGCCCCCGUCUGAAAUGUAACUGCUCAUUUUAAGGAAACUCUUGGUGCUACAAAACUCUGACCGGAUACUUGACAAAUUUACCUCUUUCCUCAAAAGAAAACUUUAGAAAAAUGAGCCAACGGGCUUUGAUUCUCAGUUGUGACCAGAGAUCGCCCAGGGAGAAAUAAUCCAAAAAUCACCACCUCCCAGGAGACGGAAAUGAAGCAGGAAGGGAAAGAAUUUGCAGCCAGGAGGAAAGUUCCGGGCUCCUGAUGGAAAGCGGAGAGCAGAGAAUCGCCCCCAAGGAGCACGCAGCCUUCACAACGUUUCAAGCUUGCAGAAGCGAAAUAAUGGCUUUGUGGGAUCCAGUGUCUGGGCCAAAGAUGGGGAAACCUGAGCCAAAGAAGCAGCCAGAGUGUUAAUUUGGCUUCUAAACAGUGGUAGGACUCCUCCAUGUUCCUUUUGUUGGUUUCAGUCAUGUCAAUUAUAAAAUAAGAGGAUCUGGUGACAACUCACUGUGUUUCCCGAAUGGUGGGCAGUGGGCCAGAGCACUGACCAGCGGUGGGGGAAUAGAGUAUCCAGGGCUCUGUCUCUGCAAUAAAUCACUUUGGUUGUAUGUGUGUGAUGUGCCCUGCUCGAGCUGGUGCUCAAUAAAUCCGAGUUUCCUUCU